AGUCCACCGAGCGUGAUGGUCACUGCGGUGGCAACUGGGGCAGUUACUGCAGUAAUGGUUGUCGCCCUCAACGCAAUAAUAGACGCAGUCAAAAGUAACGUUCUCUCAUCGAAAUCCCCCGGUAGCCCAGAAACUGGAGGAGUAGAAAAGCUUCAAGCGGUGAAGGUUGAAGAACAAGGAUUUCAAAAUAAGACAGAGGGGAAGCAACAAAUGAAUGGGAAUUCUAACAGAAACACCAAAGAGAACGGAUUUCAAGUGAACAUAAUAAGAAAAGUGUCUUCAUUAUUGCCACGAUCGAAUAAAAAAAGAGGACCGAAUGCAACAGACCCAGAAAACCAAGCUUCUCAGAACUUCAGCGAUACGACAACCGGAAAACAAUUAGAAACUAAUGACGCUUUGGGGGAAAAGUUAACACAACCACCAAUACCUAUGUUAAAAAGAACGCCUUCUUACUCGUUUAUUGUCGAAAAGGAAGACGUUCAUGAUCAGAUGGAAGGCGAAGAAUAUUUACACGCACCUACCCCUAGCGUCAAGGAGGAAGGCGGAUUACUAAACAAAGUAAGAAGAGUUUCUACAAUAUUAGCACCGGAAAUUAUAAAGAGAGCGUCCGUUGUAGCAGUCCCAGUCUUAAAAGAACUUACUGGCGUUAAAAUACCCGACGAAUUAAUAAAGGCAUCUGGCCAAGUACUUGGGGGACAAGAAAAUCAACGGCGUACUUCUCAAAACAUCAGCGAUACAGCAACUGGAAACGAAAGCGAUGACGCUAUGGGGGAAAUGUUCGCAAAAUUGCCGAUGUCAAUGUUAAAAAGAGCGUCCAAUGCACUUUUAGAAAACCAACGGCGUGCUUCAUCUACUGGAAAUCCAGUAGAAAGUGAUGACGCUAUAGAGGAAAUGUUCGCCAAACUACCAACGUCAAUGUUGAAGCGAGCAUCUAAUGCAAUUCCAGCUCUGCAGCCACUUUCAAACGUUGUAAAUGGCGAAACAUCUAUAGUUUCCAUGGCAACUACAGCAGUAGCACCAACACUGAGCAAGGUGGCUUCUUUUAAAACAGACGUGUCUCCGGUAAAACUCGAAGAAAACGGGAUCACAAUUGUGGAUGAAACAACAUAGUAAAUAAAAAAGAUUUCUUGGUAGAGUGACAGCGCUAACGAGCGUGAAAAUCUUGAUUAGGAAAAAAAUAAAAGACAUUUACUUAUCCUUGCGUGGCGAGAUAACGACAGUCGUUAAGUAUAUACCUCGUGCCUUCUUACGAGUAGGCAAAUUUGCGAGUUACGUGCUGUUUUAUUGUGCAACUGACAAUUCUGCUAACCCAGUAGUGACUUGGGUAAAACACGCCAUAGGUGUAUUUCACUGCGCAGCUUCGUGGUCAGUGUUAUAUGCAACGUAUAUACCAAUAGAUACCUCGCCCAACUUUACGCUUCAAAUAAAGUCUUUGUAUUUCUUUUAAUAUUUUACCCCAACAAGAAAUUCGGAUGUUGUUCAUAACGAAUCAAAAUGAAUUAAAGUUACAAUGUUUUCUCUGUGUAGACUCCGGCCUACUUUAUAGAGAUAUCUUUAUAUCUCUAGUAUAGGCCGUGUGUGGACCUAUAUGUGGAACACACACGCGCGAUAUCCGUUUCUUUUAUAAACACGCGAUAUUUAGAAGACGUAAGAACUUUUCCGUGCAUAUUCUUUGAAUUAAACCACUUCAUCUUUGCAAAUCACGUCAUCAUGAGACUCUACUGUUCUUUCUUAUAAGUAGAUAACCACUAUCCCUGUGAUGCAUACACCGGUACUAACAUUCAACGUAAUCUAAGUACAUUGGUAAUAGCUUGAGUAGACUUCAUUUCAUUUGCAAACGAUAUUAGUAGAAAAGUGAAGUAUGGCAAGUGAAAUGAACUUUUAUCACUGGCUUUUGCUCUUUUUCUUGGUGUCAAAUGUAAGGAGUAAUAACCUUUGGCACCAGUUUGGAAGCAGAGAAUACCUUGUUCAGUUUUCAAAUGUUACAAAGGCAGAGGUUGAUACAACAUGUGCAAAUUACAGCGGAAUACCUGUCGUUAUUGAAACGGUCGAGAUUGAAAACUUUCUAUUUGAUAUUAUCGGAAAAAGUAAGAGUAUAUUCAUAUUUAGCGAAACAUUUUUACGGUUUUUAAGUUUAAAAUUUUUAGUGUAAGUAUGCUGUAUACCAAAAGUGAAGUCAAUUGUUUUAAGUUAUUAGUUGAAUGUUUCACAUUUUUAGUACAGUGGAUGUACAUUGUACACUCAGCUUUGGGCUAAUACGAAAGGAAAUGCUUUUUAAGUCCAUGUGGCAAAAUUUAUUUGCUAUAAAGUAAGAAAAUAAAUACCUUUAAGCCUAGGUGAGGCUACACGAAUUUAUUUAAUUUAUUUGCCCUUUUUACUUGUUACAGAUCAAUCAAACGAAUUCUACAUCGGUCUUAGGCUUGGAUUGAAUGGAACUUUUGUGUGGUCGGAUAACACUACACUAACUUCAGCAAGCUAUUUAAAUUGGGCCACAGGUCACCCAACUGAAUCAGUGCUCGAUAAGGAUUGCGUUAUCUACAGGUUAAGUACGAACUAUACAUGGGUGGAUGUACCAUGCAAU